AUGGCGAUGCAGGACGACGAGGCGGCGGCCGAGGCCGGCGGCGUCCACCCGGUGGCGAUGAAGAAGUCGGCGUGGACCAAGGAGGAGGACGCCGCGCUGCGGGAGCAGGUGCGGGCGCACGGCCCGCAGAACUGGGCGGCCAUCAGCGCGGCGCUGCCCGGGCGCAACCCCAAGUCGUGCCGCCUGCGCUGGUGGCAGCACCUGACCCCCGCCGUCGACGCCAUGCGGCCCUUCACCCCCGAGGAGGACGACAAGAUCGCCUGCCUCCACCGCCUCUACCCCAACAAGUGGGCCACUAUCGCGGGCUUCCUCCCCGGCCGCUCCGACAACGCCGUCAAGAACCGCUGGAACUCGGUCCUCGGCAAGCACCCGCAGCCGCAGCACCAGCAGUGGGCGCUCGCCGCCCCGCUCCGCCGCGUCUCCGACGGGACGCUCCCGCUGUUCCCUCUCGCGUCGGGGGAUGUCAGGGCGUGUGGCCGGAGCGCCCGGGUGCUCCGCCACCCGCCGCCCGGCGACGUCGCGGGGGAUGAUCUGAGCGGCGCGUGCCUGGAGCUGUUCCCGCUGGCGCCAGGGGACCUCGCCGGGGCCAACGGCACGAGCGAGGAGGCGGAGAUGGAUGUGGAUCGCAGCGACGACGACCCGACGGCCGCCGGGCUGCGGCUCUGGCCGUGCACGAGGGCCGCAUCAAUGGCGGCCUUCAAGGCGAUGGUGCAGGCAGUUCGGGCGCCCUAG